AUGGCUGAGACGCGCGACAAGAGUGGGAGGUCCGAGGGACAGUGGCGUAAAAGAGAGAGGGAAGCAGUUAGUGAAAUGGAUGAUAGCUGUGGGUUUUGCAAAAUAAUGGAUAUGAAGAUUCCAAGCUUCAAUGGUAAGGCUGAUGUUGAUGCCUAUUUAGAGUGGGAGCGUAAAGUGGAGAUGGUUUUUAACUGUCAAAACUAUUCCGAUGAUAAAAAGGUAAAACUUGCUGCCCUUGAGUUUUCAGAUUAUGCACUAAUAUGGUGGGAUGAGCUUGUGAAAUCUAGGAGAAGGAAUGGAGAGUUACCCAUUGCUAGUUGGGAUGAGAUGAAGCGAAUCAUGAGGAAGAAAUAUGUGCCUACUUAUUACCAUAGAGAUCUCCAUCAUCAAUUGCAAAGAUUAACUCAGGGAUCAAAGUCUGUUGAUGAGUAUCAUAAGGAGAUGGAGUUGCUCCUGAUCAAAGCAAACAUAGUGGAGGAGGAAGACCAGACUAUGGCUCGUUUCUUUGGUGGUCUAAACAAGGAGAUUGCUGAUGUGGUUGAUUUGCAACCAUAUGUUGAUUUGGAAGACUUGGUGAACAUUGCAAUUAAGGUGGAAAGACAAAGAGGCCGAAAUAGAUGGGGGAGCAACAGGGCUGCUCAAAACUCCAACAGCAAAUGGGGUUCCAAAUGGAACACCAAGCCUGAUCCUAAAAGGUUUGAAAAGUCUUCAACUCAAAAAGGCAUGUUACCUUCCAAAGAAACAUCCAACUCUCAUGGUAAAAAUGAAUCAGCCCCUAAAUCAAAUAGAACUAGAGAUAUUCAGUGCUUUAAAUGUAAAGGGCGUGGGCAUUAUGCCAAUGAGUGUGCUAAUAAACGUGCUAUGGUAGUGAGGGGAGAUGAGAUAGUCUCCGAAAGUGAUUCUGAUUCUGAUGAAGUACCACCUUUAGAAGAUUGUUCUGAUGUAGAUAUAGAAGAGUAUCCUGUUCAAGGAGAGUCCUUAGUGAUAUUGCGUACUUUAAAUGUUUCUAUUAAAGAAGAGGGACUUGAACAGCGUGAAAACAUCUUUCACACUCGUUGUUUGGUUGGUGGUAAAGUCUGUAGCAUGAUAAUAGAUUCGGGUAGUCAAGUUAAUUGUGCUAGUACUAUUUUAGUUGAUAAAUUAGGACUAGAAACUAUUAAACACCCUAAUCCUUACAGACUUCAGUGGUUGAAUGAUAGCGGCGAGGCAAAGGUAACCAAGCAAUGUAAAGUGUCAUUUUCUAUUGGAAAAUAUGUAGAUGAGGUUACUUGUGAUAUUGUACCCAUGCAGGCUGGACACAUUUUGUUAGGUAGACCAUGGCAAUUUGAUAGGCGUGAGUUUGCGGAUGUAUUUCCUGAGGAGGUGCCAUCUGGGUUGCCACCCAUUAGGGGAAUAGAACAUCAAAUUGAUUUUGUUCCUGGAGCUCAGAUUCCAAACCGUCCAGCUUACCGUAGCAAUCCUGAGGAGACGAAGGAAUUGCAAAAGCAAGUUGAUGAGUUGCUAGCUAAGGGACAUAUCAGGGAGAGCCUUAGUCCAUGCGCAGUACCUGUUUUGUUGGUUCCAAAGAAAGAUGGAACAAUGCGAUUUAUUAUUAGUUCACGUGGAGUUGAGGUAGAUACUGAAAAGGUUAAGGCUAUCCAAGAAUGGCCUACACCUAAGAAUGCUAAUGAGGUGAGAUCCUUUCAUGGAUUGGCAAGCUUCUAUAGGAGGUUUGUUAGAGAUUUCAGCACUAUUGCUGCACCUCUAAAUGAGAUUAUUAAAAAGGCUGUUGGGUUUAAGUGGGGUAAAGAACAGGAACUUGCAUUUAACACAUUGAAAGAAAAACUUACUACCGCUCCUGUUUUAAGGUUACCUGAUUUUUCUAAAACCUUUGAAAUUGAAUGUGAUGCUUCUGGGAUUGGUAUUGGUGCUGUUCUUAUGCAGGAAGGCCGACCCAUAGCAUAUUUUAGUGAGAAGUUAGGUGGCGCACAAUUGAACUAUUCCACCUAUGACAAAGAGUUCUAUGCACUGAUUAGGGCUCUUGAAGUUUGGGAACACUACUUGCUGCCUAAUGAGUUUGUGAUUCAUACCGACCAUCAGUCUCUCAAACACUUGAAGGGACAAGGGAAGUUGAACAAGCGGCAUGGUAAGUGGGUUGAAUAUCUCGAAAUCUUUCCUUAUGUGAUUAAAUACAAGCAAGGUAAAGAGAAUGUGAUUGCCGAUGCAUUAUCUAGACGGCAUGAUGGGUUUCUUUUUAGGGGGAAACAAAUAUGCAUACCUAAUUGUUCAGUGCGUGAGUUGCUUGUUAGAGAAUCACAUUCAGGAGGAUUAAUGGGACAUUUUGGUGUGCAAAAGACUUUAGACAUGUUGAAUGAACACUUUUAUUGGCCUAACAUGCGAAAAUAUGUAGAGAAAAUUUGUGCUCAAUGCUUUGCAUGUAAACAGGCUAAAUCUAAGUCCUUGCCACAUGGGUUGUAUACCCCUUUGCCUGUACCUACUGAACCUUGGACUGAUAUAUCUAUGGAUUUUGUGAUAGGUUUACCUAGGACAAAAAGAGGUAGAGAUUCAGUGUUUGUUGUUGUAGAUCGCUUUAGCAAGAUGGCACAUUUUAUUCCAUGUCAUAAAACUGAUGAUGCAACGAACAUAGCUGAUUUGUUUUUCAGGGAAGUAGUCCGUUUGCAUGGUAUACCUAGGACUAUUGUUUCUGAUAGAGAUUCUAAGUUCCUUAGUCAUUUCUGGCGUGUUUUGUGGGGGAAAUUGGGUACUAAACUUUUAUUUUCUACUACUUGUCAUCCACAAACAGAUGGCCAAACUGAAGUUGUUAAUAGGACUUUAGGAACUAUGCUUCGUGCUAUUGUGGGUAGGAACUUGAAAACUUGGGAAGAAUGUUUGCCAUAUGUUGAAUUUGCUUAUAAUCGAGCAGUCCAUUCUUCUACUGGUUAUUCACCUUUUGAGGUUGUGUAUGGUUUUAAUCCAUUAACUGUACUAGAUUUAAUGCCUUUACCUUUGAUUUGGAUCCAUAUGCGAAAGGAAAGGUUUCCAACUCAAAGGAAAUCAAAACUCGAUGCACGAGGGGAUGGACCAUAUCAAGUGCUGAAACGGAUCAAUGACAAUGCAUACAUAAUUGAUCUGCCAGGUGAGUUUGAUUCGAGGACGAAUCCUUUUCAAGAGGGAGGGGAUUAUAAGCAUGGGAAAGACAAUGUGGUUGCAGAUGCUUUGUCUAGGAGGUAUGCUUUAAUUAAUGCUGUGAGUUCUAAAUUGCUUGGUUUUGAGCAUGUUAAGAACUUGUACAUUAAUGAUACUGAUUUCGGAAAUGUGUUUGUGGCUUGUGAGCAUGGAGCUUUUAACUCUUUUUAUAGGCAUGAUGGUUACUUAUUUAAGGGUAAGAAAUUGUGUGUACCUAGAUGCUCUAUGCGUGAUUUGCUUGUGCUUGAAUGUCAUUGCGGUGGUUUGAUGGGGCAUUUUGGAGUACAUAAGACUUAUGACACCUUAUUUGAGCAUUUUUAUUGGCCUUCUAUGCGCAAAAACGUUGAGAAAGUUUUAGAUGGUGCUAAAAAGGCAGAAUUGGUAAAUUCCUUACAUGAGAAGGCUAGGUCUAACAUAGAGAAGAAGAACAAGGUGUAUGCUGACAGGGCAAAUAGGAGACGGAAGAAAGUGGUGUUUGUUCCUGGAGAUUGGGUUUGGGGGAGGGCACGUCUUGCUAAGAAAUCAGAUAUUGAGGUGUUCAGGUCAUCCCUUCCUAAGGUGGGGCUGCGUUACCCAUUUAUCAGAUCCUUGUCACGUGACCUAUUCUGUAUUGACAACUCAUGUCUUUCUUUAGGCGAUAAUGUGGAACCCCAGUUUAUUAGAGAUUGA